ACGAGGCCGGCGUCUAGUCGACCAACCGGAGAGCCAAUUAGGUACCGUUGAAAGUUCACCGCCGUCACUCUCCACCAUUUCCAGUAGACGACAAGCUCUUCCACAACAGAAUCUUCUCUCUCUUAAAUUGAAAGAGAAUGUCAGGAAUUUGAUCUUCUCUCGGCAGAAUAUUAUCAAUUACCAGAGAGAGAGAGGAAGAGAGAGAGGGGGAGGGAGGGAAUGGCGAUGCCUUUGUCUUCUGGGGUCUUUACGCCCUCAGUCUCGGCGUCUUCGUCCUCCAUGGCAAGAAAUUAUAGAAGCUCUGUUUCUAAUAGCCCCCAAACCCUGCUUAGUUACAACCCCCUAUCUCCUCCUCGCCCUUCUGGUUCUUCGGGCCGCUCGCUCUCCAGAAAUUUCUAUCCUGUUCAAGCAACAGUUCUGCAAGACAACGAGGAGAAAGUCAUGAUGGAGGAGUCACUGAAGCCGAAGGGUUUUCCCAAUGAUAAGGGGAAAGGAACCUCUGGGGAACCAUUGCAGGGUUCAUCCUCCAGUGUAUUGCAGACAUGGGUGAUCAAGGUUGAGCAGUCUGUAAAUAUCUUUCUCACGGAAUCGGUGAUAAAGAUACUUGAUACUUUGUAUCAUGAUCGGCAUUAUGCGAGGUUUUUUGUACUGGAAACAAUUGCCAGAGUUCCUUAUUUUGCCUUUAUUUCUGUUCUGCAUAUGUAUGAGAGUUUUGGGUGGUGGAGAAGGGCAGAUUAUCUGAAAGUGCAUUUUGCUGAAAGCUGGAAUGAGAUGCACCAUCUGCUCAUAAUGGAAGAGCUGGGGGGAAAUGCUUGGUGGUUUGACCGCUUUCUUGCUCAACAUAUCGCAAUCUUUUACUAUUUUAUGACAGUCUUUAUGUAUGCAUUAAGCCCAAGAAUGGCAUAUCAUUUUUCUGAAUGUGUAGAGAGUCAUGCAUACGAGACUUAUGACAAAUUUAUCAAGGCCCAAGGAGAUGAAUUGAAAAAAUUGCCUGCGCCUGAGGUUGCUGUUAAAUACUACAGUGGAAGUGACUUGUACCUAUUUGAUGAAUUCCAGACUGCUAGAGUUCCUCAUUCUCGAAGGCCAAAAAUUGACAAUUUGUACGAUGUGUUUGUGAACAUCAGAGACGAUGAAGCAGAGCACUGCAAGACGAUGAAGGCAUGCCAAACGCAUGGGAACCUGCACUCCCCUCAUUCCCGUCCCAAGGAUUCAAUUGUAGAUGAUGAGUCCGGCUGUAUUCUGCCACAAGCUGAUUGCGAGGGGAUUGUAGAUUGUAUGAAAAAAUCUGUAACAUCCCAGGUAAGACAGAAAUGAUGCACAUCCAAGAAGAAAUAUUACAGAACAUUAUACAUUUUGCCGACACCGACACGAUCUGUAUGCAGAGUAGUGAAGAUUCAACAGAAGCCUUUUCUCAAUCCAUCAUUGAUGCCCCCCUGUUAGGAAGUAAUCUGUUCAAGUUGAUUCCAAUAUUCAAGCUGAAUUAAACUCAUACUUGGUCUAGUUGCAGCUUAAUUCAAUUCCAUUGAUUUGUGUUGUCGUUUCGGCUGGGUGGAUAAACAGUAUAACAUUAAAUGAUGAAUUAAGAAAUAAACAUAUUCGUAACUUUGUAACUA